AUGCAGGACCAUGCAUCUGACGCUGAAAGCUCAGUGUUGUCAGCCUUUGAACCUGAGGUUCUGGUUCAGCAGGAGGAGGGAUCGCAAGAAGACUUGACCUCUGUUAAUUCUCGAAGAAGCAGGAGAUACUCCAUCAAAAGCAACCAGUCAAGAAACCUACUCAACAAGACACAAUCUUUGUUAGAAGCCGUCAGAGACGACAACUUGAUCACCGCACUCGAACCCCAAGUGCCCACCAAUCAGGAGUCUUUCAUAGACUUUGAAGCGAACCCAUGUCAGUCACCUUCAAAGACAGAGGAAGCCGAUGGGGGUGCGUGUGACGAUAACGAUGACGAUGACAACGGAGAGUUCCACAAAGACGAUCAGCUAGAUCCACCUCCCGAUGGAGGAUACGGGUGGGUAUGCGCGUUUUGCGUUUGUUUUGGAAAUGCGUGCUCAUGGGGCUCCAACGGGUCCUUUGCAGUGUUUUUGGCGUAUUAUCUGAGCCAUGAUUACUAUGCUGGUGGUUCAGACUCUCUCUAUGCUCUCAUGGGUGGCCUGGUGUUAUUUUUCACACUGUCCCUAUCUCCCUUUGCGCUCAUCAUUACCAAAAGAGUAGGAAUCAAGCCUGCGGCAUUCUUUGGGGUUUUAGUUAUGGUUUCAAGCUCCGUUUUUGGGUCCUUCUCUACGACUUUUGCUCAGUACUUCAUCACUCAGUCGUUCCUACUAGGUGUUGGAUAUUGCUUCUUUGUGGCUCCACUGUCCAUAGUUAUACCAACAUGGUUCCUGCACAAGAGAAGUCUUGCUCAGGGAAUUGCUACAUCUGGUGCUGGUGUAGGUGGAAUAAUGUUUUCCAAUUCUUCGAAUGCCCUGAUUGCUCAAACAGGCGACCCCAAAUGGGCGCUCAGAAUGAUAGGGUUAGUCUCGUUGGUGACUUGUACAAUUGUGAUCAUUCUCAUCAAACCAAGGAGGCCGAUUAAGAUAUCUGGAUCUUGGAAAGACGAUUUUGCAGCCAUUUUCAAGUGGAAGGUUUGGUUCAGCCCGUCUGUCAUAUUCAUCAGCAUGUGGUUCUUUUUCUACAUGUUCACAUACGUGAUUUACCUGUAUUCGCUAUCUGCAUAUGGAACUUCUAUAGGCCUCACAGCACAUCAAGGCUCUGUUGUGAACACGGUGCUGAGUGUGGCCCAAUUGGCUGGUCGCCCUUUGAUGGGUGUAGUAAUGGACCGAUUUGGCAGAAUCAACCUAACCAUUAUACUGACUAUGCUGAUUGUGCUUUUCAGUUUGACUUUCUGGGUUUUUGUGACUACCUAUGCUCAGUUGAUUGCCCUUGCUUUUUGUAGUGGUCUGGUUCUGGGGUUCAACUGGAUCAGCUAUGCAACGUUUUGUGCCGAUGUCGCUGGCCAGGUCGACUUUGCAGCAGCUCUUACGGUUGUCAGCAUCUUGGGUGGGUCUUCCGCUUCAGUUUCCGAGUUGAUUGGGCUCAAGCUGCGUGACUAUACCAAGGAAAAACCUUUCUUGUACUGCCAGGUGUUUGCCGCAUUAUGUGCUUUCGUGUCAGCACUGUUCCUACUUCCAUUGAGAGAGGAGAAGAUCCGCAAAAUGAUGAUCUCGAGAAGACAUAGGACUCUCACAAAUGAUCCAAACAACGAAAGCAGGUUGAGGAGAUUCGAUUUGCUGUUGAAGCCGGGAAUAGGCAGCUACUUCUUGAGGAUGCUCUAUCCUAUCAAGGCAUAA